UCAGACUGCUCAACCUCAGUGAUCUUUAUCAUUCUGGACGGUUUUGAAUUUACUUGUUGAAAAAUGGAACCUGGAAACACAAGCUUGAACAAAGCUAACAAAAAGAGAAAGCCAGGUCGAAAUUAUGGGCAAGGUCAAGAAAAUAAUAAAGACAGCUUCAUAUCAUGCAGUUUAUCUUUAAUCCACCACAUGCUGAACAUGACAAUACACACACUGAUCCGAGGAGAUGACAAACUCAGCUGUUACAUGGAUGAGAUGCUUCAUAGCAUUUUCUUCUUGGGGUACAUUUAUGACUCAAGCAAGAUGGAUCCCAAGAAGUUCUUCAAAACUGAUAAGAUAUAUGAUCUUGUCAAGAAGCUAUUUUGUGAGGCUUUCCAGAGCUACACAACUCAUUUGCCAACACGCACUCCAUUUUCUAUUCUUCUAAACAUGAUGGAGAUACUUCACAGCACUGAAAAUAAAAUAAAAGAAGAGCUUCUGAAGCUGCUGAAGGAACUCAGAUUCCCAAACCCUCUUCACAAACCAGGCAGCAAGUAUGAGGAAUAUUACACACUGGAAUCAACAGUGAUCUGUGUGUGUUAUUCAGAUUCUGAUCCACAGCGGUACUACGGGGCAUCUCUUUCCUGCAGAAAACAAAAUGCAAAGAGAAUUCUGAUCGACCUGUCUUGUCUUCAAACGUGGCAUGAGUAUGUGUCCCAUGCGGUCAUGUCAUUUUAUCCAGAAGGUCCUGGUGAUGGUAUAACAUUCCCCGAGUCAGUGAAAUGUCAGGCAUACUUUAGAGACCGGAAAGAAAAUGUUUAUGAAGAAAAACGUCCAUGUUUAAACUGUAAGCAACUGUUUAAUCUGAAAGAUGCAGACCCAGAUAAAGUGUUUCAUCCCUAUGGGAACUGUGCUGAGACAGAGUGCUUGAGCAAUCUAUUGAAAAGUAAUACAUGCAUAGCAAAGAAAACACAGUUGAACAAUUAUACAGCUGAAAACCUAAAAAAACUCAGAGGUGAAACAAAAGACCGCUUGAUAAAGGAGCUUAAAAUGCUUGGCAUUGAAAUUGUUGAUCAGAACAUUCUGUUCUACAGCCCAGUGCAAAGGAAGGGUGAUGAAUUCAAAAAUAAAUUAUUACAUUUGCUAUCUUGAUUCUGGGAAACAUAAAACAUUGUAUGAACACAAAGUUUUCAGAUCGUUUAAUCUUGUAUAUACACUACCUUUCAAAAGUUUGGAUCACUUUGAAAUUUCCUUAUUUUUGAAAGAAAAGCACUGUUCUUUUCAAUGAAGAUCACUUUAAACUAAUCAGAAAUCCACUCUAUACAUUGCUAAUGUGCUAAAUGACUAUUCUAGCUGCAAAUGUCUGGUUUUUGGUGCAAUAUCUCCAUAGGUGUAUAGAGGCCCAUUUCCAGCAACUCUCACUCCAGUGUUCUAAUGGUACAAUGUGUUUGCUCAUUGCCUCAGAAGGCUAAUGGAUGAUUAGAAAACCCUUGUACAAUCAUGUUAGCACAGCUGAAAACAGUUGAGCUCUUUAGAGAAGCUAUAAAACUGACCUUCCUUUGAGCAGAUUGAGGUUCUGGAGCAUCACAUUUGUGGAGUCGAUUAAAUGCUCAAAAUGGCCAGAAAAAUGUCUCGACUAUAUUUUCUAUUCAUUUUACAACUUAUGGUGGUAAAUAAAAGUGUGACUUUUCAUGGAAUAUACAAAAUUGUCUGGGUGACCACAAACUUUUGAACGGUAGUGUAGUCUGUGCCAGAUCCUACACAAGAGUACAUGUUGGAUCUUGUUUUAUCAUGUGGUCUGUUUGUUUCUAACAUAGAGAUAUGUGAUAUAUGUGAGUUUCUCUGACCACAUGCCUGUUUUAUUUAUGAUCUCUCCUCAGUCAUGUGCUUCAAUUUAUUGUUGCAAUACAUUUACUUCUUUCACUGCUGCACAGUUGUCUGUUGCUGUUAAAAAUUUGGUUGAGUCUCACUCGGGCUCCUCCGUUUGUUUUAAUACUAAAGAGUUAACCUUAUUCCACUUGCUAAAACACCCUAGAUACUGUUACUCCCCUUAAAGGAGCUGUGUCGCGUGUAGUGCACAUGCUCCGCAUGAAUCAAAAUCUUGAAAACAGUUCAGCCCAACCAGAAAUCAAAAGUUGGAGAAUCCGUUUGAUUAUCGUCAAAAUCGACUUCCAUUGUCGCUAAACUAUCUCAUCUCAUCUCAUUAUCUCUAGCCGCUUUAUCCUUCUACAGGGUUGCAGGCAAGCUGGAGCCUAUC